GUGCUAAUCACAGAGGCAGGGAUUCAUCCCACCAAAAAAGGCAUAUCCGAUUGUUCAUUACUUCAUCGGCGGCGCGCACACCCGCCGCGUCCUGCUCAGAUUUUCGUUAUCGAUGUGUACGCCUCAUCUGCAAGAGCCACCCGCACAAAUCUCACGUUCCUUCCUUCAUAACCUACAUAAGUACCUCUAAACAAACACUGUACCUUUAAAUUCUCUGUAUUUCCACACUGACCACCUAGGUACCAAUUGCCAUUCCAUCUUCCACUUUUCAUCUUCUACCAGUAUUGAGCCUAGCAAAGCCAUCUGCCUCACUACAUUGAACUCAAGUUCUAUCUUCCCAGACAGAUUUUAUUCAAUAUGGCGGUCGAGAUGCAUCAAUCCUCACAACUAGAUAAUAUUAACCCCCCUUCGAUACAAGAACGGUUAACAGCGGACACUGCACCACGACGUAAUGCGAUUCCCGCGGCGCCCUAUUCCAUGCGAGCACCUAGUCCGCCUCCCAUUGUGAUACCAGCUCCGAAUCUCCAUCACAUGAGCGAGUAUAUCAAGGUUGUCCCCGACUACGAAAAAGUCGACCCAGCUUCGCUUAGUCCCGACAAUCUCAAGAUAAUCACACAGAAUCACCGAGAACAGUUAGCCACGGACUCCGCUGCCAAUUGGGCUUACGAAAGCCGUCACGUCGCACAACCUGUCCUCGACUACCUCUACCUUGGCCCUUUCGGUGUUGUUCGAGACAGACAAUGGCUCCGGGACAACGGAAUCACCAUGCUGCUAGCCGCCAGAGACUCCAAAAUGGCCGACAUACGUCUUAUGGUAGCCGAUAAGGUCGCUCAAGAACUCAAUAUCCAGGCUGCAUAUGUCGAUGUCUCCAAUUACACCGAAUUGGUCCGUGCCUUUCCCAAAGUGGUACAGACGAUUAACGACCAUAUGUUACGUAUCUAUCGCGAGCAACGUCUAAAUUCUGUCGGCGUGGAAACUGGAGAAGGUGAGAUGGCGAUUCCUUCGAAGACGUUCCGCAGAGGAAAGGUUCUGGUUUUCUGUGAAACCGGCAAUGAUCGUUCGGCAGGCGUUGUUGUUGCCUAUCUCAUGUCUGUGUUUGGCAUGGGUUUGAUCGAAGCCUGCCAGUUCGUCCACUUCAAGCGUUUCUGUGUCAGCAUGACCGAUGAGCUUCGGUUUGUCCUCAAGUCAUACGAGGAUAUCAUUUCUGCACAGCGCACUGUACAUCGCUACGAGCUCAACAGCAAUUCAAGUCUGGUUGAUAGUGAUCGGGUCAAGAUUUCGAGAUCGAAGAGGGUCAUUGAAGACACUAUGGAUGAAGAUGAGGAUAUGGAAGGGGGCGGUGAGCCUCUAGCGAUAGACCAAGAUCGGUUUCUAGGUCGUCAAACAUUCGUCCCCUUCAUUGACUUCAACACUAAUCUCCAAGAAUGAGAUGGCCCAUGCGCCUGAUUCAUCUGUCCCUCAAUGGAUUGCAUUACAGGAGUAUUUGCGUUGAUUUUUUAAGAGACAUACACAAUCAAGGUGGGAAUAGAGGGAAUGGAAGGUUACAUGGCUGGGUUCAUUCGAGUCAAGAAAGGUAGCAGAGGCGUUCACUGGAUGGAAUAUACCCACACUCUGAUUUCCUUCGGUUGGGGGAAUGCGUUUAUAGAUAACAAGAAACAGCAUGGCGCUCCUACCUAGAUAGACGAGACAAUUAGGGUCUGAUAGCCUAUAAAAGGUUAACAUUCUGUUGCGCCGUCUUUCUAUUACGUGAUCUCUAAACUCAAACUUGAACUUAAACUCUCGGUGUACGUAGAACUUGUACCUAAGUACCGGUAACCGCACGAGAAUCGUGAAUUCAUAGAAAAGGUCUACACAAUAAGAG